CUUGAGGGGUCUUUUGAGGGGGUUCCUCCACUGCUCCACCUGUAGUAAACAGAAGGAAAUGUCCAGCCAAGUCGAAAAGGGGAAGGAAUGAUGGUCCCGCUCAGUCUACCUUCGCAACUUUUGCUGAGGCGCACACAGUCGACACCUGACAAGAUGGGAGACGCAGUGGCGAUGGCGGCGGGGGUCUUUUCUUGAUUGACUUGACACGCGUGAUGCGCGGCCAUGGCGUGCCGUGACCGCGGGCUCCAGACGCUCCUGGCCGCCGCGGGCGCCUUCGCCGCCUUCAGCCUCAUGAGCAUCGCCAUCGGCACCGACUACUGGCUCUACUCGCGGGCGUACAUCUGCAACGCCACCAACGCGAGCGCGGAGGACAGCCACGCGCAAAGCAGGAAAGUCAAAGGCGACCUGACACACUCGGGGCUGUGGCGAAUCUGCUGCAUAGAAGGUAUCAACAAAGGAAGCUGUUUUCGGAUCAAUCACUUCCCGGAGGAUAAUGACUAUGACACAGACAGCUCUGAGUACAUCCUACGUAUUGUGCGAGCCUCCAGCCUUUUUCCCAUCCUCAGCACCAUCCUGCUAAUGCUGGGCGGCCUGUGUGUUGGCGUUGGACGAAUCUACAGCAGGAGGAACAACAUCCUGCUCAGUGCUGGUAUUCUCUUUGUGGCUGCAGGCCUGAGCAACAUCAUCGGCAUCAUCGUUUACAUCUCCAGUAAUGCCGGCGAUCCCAGCGACAAGAAAGAUGAGGACAAGAAGAACCAGUACAAUUACGGCUGGUCCUUCUACUUUGGCGCCAUCUCAUUCUUCGUGGCAGAAUCCGUGGGGGUCCUCGCCAUCAACAUAUACAUUGAGAAAAACAAAGAGACGCGCUGCCGAGCCAGGCGCGACUUGAUCAAAUCCAUCGCUUCAACUUCGCCGUACUCGCGCAUCCCAAGCUACCACCGCAGACGGAGGCGCUCGCGUUCCAGCUCCAGGUCGUCGGAGCCCUCCCCGGGAGGGGGGAAGAGGGAGGGAGGAUUGGGUGGGGAGAUGAGCUUGCAGGUGGGAGACAUAUCCUUGUACACCUUCCGCAGGGACCCUCUGAAGGGGGGGGCUCCCUACAGUCCUGAGAGCGACUCUGGCUUCUUACAGGUCCACAACAGCUUCCAGAAAGAUGUGAAAGAUGGCGUCAACAGGAGGACCACACCCGUAUGAGUACUCUCGUUGGACUUAACAAUACGCUCUAUAGGGACAUAUUACAUUAUAUUAUA